GCGGCUGUGUAAAGCUGGGCAGCUGUGUGGCCCUGACACACACCUGCCCACGGGGCUGCAGCCGGACCCUGACCCUCCAGGUCCCAGAUCAGGACCGUUCUCCGCAUCGUAGUUUGGCCUACAGUUGGGAACUUCAUCUCCCGGCAGGCCCUGCGCUCAUCCGCCAUUCCAACACCCUUCUUCCGGAGUCGGCCUACACAGGAGAACUACAUCCCCCAGCGCCCCUUUCACUGCACUUCCGGGGCCGGCCAUUUCUCCCGUCAGGCAUUAUGCCUUCCCGCACUUCCGGCCCCAGGGCCGGAUGUGCGCGUGUUGGGUCUGCCGGUUGGUUGGCGGCGGCGGUGGGUGACUCUUCUGGGGCCCGGCUGGGUUUGGCCCCUCUUCGGCCCGCUCCCUAGCGCCGUGCUGUUGUCAGGGCGACACCCCGUAACGCCCUUUGCUGCCUUUAAGCCCGUGGUGGGCGGCACGUGGCCCCGCAGCGCAAUUCGCUGGCGGGCCGCGCGCGGCUGCCCGUGGCCGCGGUUCCCGUUCCCGGCCAAUGGGCGCUGCGGGAAGCGGCGCGGGUUGCAGGCACGUGCUGGCCGCCGCUUCCCGCAGCGCCCAUUGGCGGCGAGCAGCAGCCGCGGGCGGCGGUGCCUGCCGAUGGUCAAUGUAAACAAACUGGCGCCCGCCAGCGGAUUACCCUGAGGGGCCGCCUGUUGCCCACCACGGGUGAGGGGGCGGCGCCGCCAUUCUGGGUGGGAGCCCUGGGCACGCCGCAGGCAGGUCGCGGCGGGUUCUGGGCACAAGAGGGGUGUUGCUGCCAUUUUCCGGGAGGUGGAGGGGGAUAUCAUCAUCAUUCCUUGCCGGGGAGGAGCCUGGCCACAGUGCGGGGGUCACUGCUGCCAUAGGAGGGUGGGGGUGCUGUCAUUUGUAUGAGUGACGCUGUAGUGACUCCUGUUCACACACUGGUUUGUUUUCUCAUAUGAAGCUGCACUGACCAAGCUGUCUUGCCUGGGGCAGUGUCUAGAGGGCGAAGCAGUAACAUCCCAGUUCUGGUCUGACUGUUUCCAUGGCCAUCGUCUCUGUGGCCCAGUGCCAUGGCCUGACAGCCUUGGUGCUCUUUGGUGUGUGGUUCCUGGGGGCAUGGUAAGGAAUAUUGUUUAAUUAGCGGAGUUCCAGAAUAACCAAUCGCAUCAGAGUGUGGGGAGUGGGAACGCUCCUCUCAUCCGUAUAUAAUAAUGCCUGGGUCUGUGUGACAACGUAGCGCACCGUAGGGAACAGAGCCCUCUAUCAGCUCCAGAUAGGGAUUGAGUAGAGUAGAACUGGGGGGCUGAUGGGAGAGCAUUAUACUCCCUGUGAUGUGACCUCUUUCCUUGUGUCUGUUUCAGGCCUAUAAAGGAUAGAGAUGGCAGAAGAGGCCGGGGAUGAGAAGAAGCAGGUGGCAAAGUUUGAGCUGGAGCGGGAGACGGAGCUUCGCUUUGAGGUGGAGGCCUCGCAGACUGUCCAGCUGGAGCUGCUGGCAGGCAUGGCGGAGAUCUUCGGCACUGAGCUGACCCGUAACAAGAAGUUCACUUUCGAUGCUGGUGCCAAGGUGGCUGUGUUCACGUGGCAUGGCUGCACAGUGCAGCUGAGCGGCCGCACUGAAGUGGCUUACAUAUCAAAGGACACGCCCAUGCUGCUCUAUCUCAACACCCACACAGCCCUGGAGCAGAUGCGGCGGCAGGCAGAGCGUGAGGAUGAGCGGGGACCCCGAGUCAUGGUGGUAGGACCUACGGAUGUGGGUAAGUCGACAGUGUGCCGGCUGCUGCUGAACUACGCUGUGCGGCUGGGGCGCCGACCCACCUUCGUGGAGCUGGACGUGGGCCAAGGCUCGGUCUCCAUCCCUGGCACCAUGGGGGCACUGUACAUCGAGCGGCCUGCUGACGUAGAGGAGGGCUUCUCUGUCCAGGCCCCCCUGGUCUAUCACUUUGGCUCCACCACUCCUGGCACCAACAUCAAACUCUAUAACAAGAUCACAUCUCGCUUGGCUGACGUCUUUAACCAGCGCUGCGAAGUGAACCGCCGGGCUUCAGUCAGUGGCUGCGUCAUCAACACGUGUGGCUGGGUGAAGGGCUCGGGGUACCAUGCCCUGGUGCAUGCCGCCUCAGCCUUUGAGGUGGAUGUGGUGGUAGUGCUGGACCAGGAGCGCCUCUACAAUGAGCUGAAGCGGGACCUCCCCCAUUUUGUGCGCACAGUGCUGCUCCCCAAGUCGGGUGGGGUGGUGGAGCGCUCCAAGGACUUCCGGCGGGAGUGCCGGGAUGACCGCAUCCGUGAGUACUUUUAUGGCUUCCGGGGCUGCUUCUACCCCCACGCCUUCGAUGUCAAAUUCUGUGAUGUCAAGAUCUACAAGGUGGGGGCUCCCACCAUCCCUGACUCAUGUCUGCCCCUGGGCAUGUCACAGGAGGACAACCAGCUCAAGCUUGUGCCAGUGACGCCGGGCCGUGACAUGGUGCAUCACCUGCUGAGCGUCAGCACUGCUGAUGGCAGUGAGGAGAACAUCUCCGAGACCAGCGUGGCUGGCUUCAUCGUCGUCACUGGGGUGGAUGUAGAUCGCCAGGUCUUCACAGUGCUGUCACCGGCACCUCGCCCACUGCCCAAGAACUUCCUGCUGAUCAUGGACAUCCGUUUCAUGGACCUUAAGUAGGGGCUGCAACGGAGCAGAAGAGGUGGAGUCCACCAGGCCUAUAGUGUCUCUGUUGUGGACAGAACUUUUACCAAUUGAAGGGGGUGGAGACUGCCACACAGACUGAAUCAUUUGAAACCAGUGUGGGAAGGGGUAGAGGCUGCUGUCCAGAUCAAACCAUUGGGAGAAACCAAAGUGGGUCAGGUGAGGUUUGUGGAUUAAUUUGUAGACAGAAGCAGGGAGGGAAUGUGGGAUUAAAUGUAACUGUAGAUGGUUCACUGCCUACAUCCUUCUCUAGGUUCUCUUCUCCUCCUUAGAUUUCAGUCCCUGAAAUCUGGACCCAUUGUCCCUUUUACACAGCCAGUGCUUCAUGGGCCUCCUCUUGUAGGAGAGGAUCAAUAUUGUUUUAUAUUUUUGUAAUUUUAAUAAAUUUCCUGGUAUUUUGCUGGUC